CAAUCCUCUUUACCGAUUUUAAAAACAGUAGCCAAAUAUGUCACCCAGCUCAUCUUCCUCAUCCAUGGUUUAGGUUUUCCUUUUUCCUUUUUAUUUUUCUUCUUUGAUUUUGGUCUCUUGUUGUACACACUCUUGUGCUUGGUAGGUUGUGCCAUUUGAGUUUAUGGGCCCAAUUUUCCACUUAAAUCUUUCAAUAGUGAGAGAUUGAGGGGCUUGUGAGGGUGAAAGGAAGUGGAAGGGAGGGUCUCUAUCUAUCUGUCUCCUCUUCUUUCUUUCUUGAGUGCUUUCUCGCAUUUUCUGGCUGUCCCGCAUUUGGGGUUUUAGGGCUUGUUUCAAAGACUAUAAGACUUUUGAGGGUUCGGAUUCCCCGUCUAUGAUGCCUGAAACUGUGAAAUGUGAGAUCAUUCAUUGUGGGUUUUUGAUUUUCGAGAUGGGUUUUUGAAGAUGCGGAGAAUUGGAGUUGCGUUAGUGUAGAUGCAAAUGAUGUUGGGAAUUUCCGAGUGAUUAUUGUCCAAGGAUGGAUAGGAUGCUCCAGCCUCCCCUGGUUGAUACAACAGCGUGUCUUUGUCGAGUUGAUGCGGGCCUCAAAACUGUUGCAGGAGCUAAAAAGUAUGUUCCUGGAACAAAGCUCUGUCUUCAACCUGACAUCAAACCUUCCAUUCACCCUACUAGACAGAAACCACCACGAGACAAAAAUCGGAGCCAAUCCCCUUUAUUGCCAGGACUUCCAGAUGAUCUUGCCAUUGCGUGCUUAAUUCGGGUCCCAAGAAUUGAACAUCGCAAACUCCGAUUAGUCUGCAAGAGAUGGUAUCGUCUUCUGGCUGGUAACUUCUUCUAUUCUCUUCGGAAAAAUCUAGGGAUUGCAGAAGAAUGGAUAUACAUUAUGAAGAGAGAUCGAGAUGGUAAAAUAUCAUGGCAUGCUUUUGAUCCUAUGUAUCAGCUGUGGCAACCUCUUCCACCUGUUCCUAAAGAAUAUUCAGAAGCCCUUGGGUUUGGAUGUGCUGUACUCAGUGGCUGUCACCUGUACCUAUUUGGUGGUAAAGACCCGGUGAAGGGAUCAAUGAGAAGAGUCAUCUUUUAUAGUGCAAGAACAAAUAAAUGGCACCGGGCACCAGAUAUGCUUCAAAGGCGGCAUUUCUUUGGCUCUUGUGUUAUAAAUAACUGUUUAUAUGUAGCUGGUGGAGAAAAUGACGGGAUUCAUCGGUCACUUAGAUCAGCUGAAGUUUAUGAUCCCAACAAGAACAGAUGGUCCAUUAUUUGUGAGAUGAGUACAGCAAUGGUGCCCUUCAUUGGUGUUGUUUAUGAGGGCAAGUGGUUCUUGAAGGGGCUAGGAUCUCAUCGACAGGUUCUUAGUGAGCUCUACCAACCCGAAACUGACAGGUGGUACCCUGUGUAUGAUGGAAUGGUAGCAGGCUGGAGGAACCCUAGCACUUCAAUGAAUGGGCAUCUGUAUGCAUUGGAGUGUAAGGAUGGCUGCAAACUUAGGGUAUAUGAUGAAGCAACUGAUUCUUGGAGCAAGCACAUAGAUAGUAAGAUGCAUUUGGGUAAUUCCAAAGCUUUGGAGGCAGCUGCACUCCUCCCUCUGAAUGGAAAGUUGUGCAUCAUCCGGAACAACAUGAGUAUUUCUGUGGUUGAUGUUUCCAAAUCUGAUGACAGUAGGAGUGGAGCCCCAGCGGAACAUUUAUGGGAAACUAUUUCGGGAAAAGGGCAGUUGAAGACUUUGGUUACAAAUUUCUUGUCAGGCCUUGCAGGUAGGAAUCGUGUUAAACAUCAUAUAGUUCAUUGCCAGGUUCUUCAGGCUUGAAGAUUGUAACUACACUUGGAAAAUAGAAAUGGUUCAAAAUAUUUAUAUCCUUAUUUGCUUCCCCAAUUUGAUAUGCUCUUAACUAUAUGGCUUUUGACAAGCAAGGUUUGUCCUCGUAGAUGUAUGAUUAAUUUAGUUCUGUCCUCUCUAGACUCUGGGUAGAUAACAAUGGUGGUUUUACUUGUUAGACUGAAGAAGCAGAGCAAAGGUUUUGUGAUACAUGGUUGUUCUACGUAUGGAUGCGGCAUCUCAAACUGGUUAAAGUCUUCAUUCUGUUGUACAUAUUGCAAUUCCAUUAGUUAGCAUCGGUGCCGUGGCCUCUUGGCCUGUCAUGAUUUCCCGGCUUAUAUGGUGCUUGGCUUUUGAGCCAAAUUGGAUGUUUAAUGCGUCUGAUUCAAAUGGGAUGUUUAAUGUGAGCCUAGUUGAAUAUUAAUUAAACUAUUAGAUGUUAAUCUC